AUGAUAUAUGUUUGCAUUCAAUAUCCUGACUGGCCAGUAACUGGAAACAUAGCUGAUACUUUGGAUAUGAUAGCUUAUGAUAGCACGAUAAUGAAUUAUUUAGAGAGCCUGUACAUAUAUAUACCACCGCUGUUUUGUUACUUACUGCUUGGAUUGAUACUGAUAUGUAGAAAAGACACCUCCGAACAACAUAUGAAAAAAAUUUAUAGAUCAAUUCUUAUUAUAAUUUCUAUAAACAUCGGUUUUUAUUUACUUGGCUGGAUGAUUAGUGAAUUUAUUUAUGAACCACUAGCAGAAAGCUCCACUAACCCAACAGAUUUAUUUUUGCUUCUAGUAUUUAGUAUGAUAAUUGUCAAUAUUGGUGGUGCAACUAAUGCCCUUAUUCUAUUCUUAAAUAGGUAG